ACGAUGCUUGUUUUUCUGCGUGGCCAAGUCGUCGGUGGGUCGUGCGUAAACUUCCGACGGCUGCAUUCAGCAAGCGGGGCAUCUUGCUUCUUAGCGCUCUCCUCAGCCCCUCGCUUGUUCCGCCACGCCAUGAGUCGCUUCGGACGCCAACAGUACUGGUGGCUCUUUGUUACCACCACUGUUUGUCUGCACGUCAUUGGAUUAUGCUUGGCCGAAAACAGGGAGAAGAGAAACAUCGCAGACAGCGCAGGGUCCAUUGUUGAUGUAAACAAGCUUUCGAAAGUUCUUUCGGAUAUCGCCUACGCUGGAAAGACAGUUAAGGAUGCUUUGACGAAAGCGUGGCAAAGUGUGUCCAAGCUGAAGAUCUUCCAAAGGAAGAACAAGAAAGUGGUGCAGCCCAUUGUUCCGGCAGAGCCAUGAAUGCGAAUGACCAGAAAUAAACCUCGAGGAACUCGA